AAAGUCGCUAGGAUUCAGUUCAUUUUUUCAAGAUGGCGACGCCCAGUGCUGCAGAAUUCGCGAGGUGGAAGAAACAAUGUCUCUCUGCCGCAGAUUUGAGUCGCAAAGGCAGCAUCGACGAGCCAAUAGUAGAACUGGUCAACCUCAUCAACGGGCAAGAAUUUCUCUUCACCAAAAGCUCCUGUUCGGGGAGAAUUUUAGUUUUUGCUGAGAAACAUGAAGAGAAGAAGAGAGGCUGUGACUGGCUGCUGAUAUCCCACACACAGGCUGAUACACAGGCAGUGAUGACAGCCCUGUGUGACCAUACAGGGUCUGCUGUGUUCAAGUAUGAACCAUUUGUCCUCCAUGCCCAGUGCAGAACCAUCCAGGAUGCCAGGCUCAUGCACCAGGCUGCCGUCCAGGCCGGCUUCAGGAACUCUGGGAUCUCCCUGGGGAACAGGGGCAAGGUGGUGGUGGCCAUCAGAAGCACCCACACCCUAGAGGCACCCCUCUCGGACCGGGGAAGGAUGUUGGUAGAUGAACAUUACAUCAGAUACCUGGUCACUGCAGCCAAUGGCAAACUGGAGGAGAAUGAACGCAGAGUUCAAAGAUUUUUUUGCAACCUGAAAGAGUUGCUUUCACGCCAGACUGCACAGCCUCGUGAUGUCCAGCACAGGAAAGAGAAACACCAGGAGGAACGUAGAAAACAGCAGCGUGAGACGCAGCCAGACACGUGUGAUGCUCAGGACCAGGAACUCUGCAAUGACUGGGUAGACUUACAGGACCUGUUUGAAGGAAGUUGACAUCAUAUAGUUUUUAGAUGUUUGUAUAUAAACAACAAAGUUGAUGUUAUUUUUCCCUCUUCUUUUGCCAUGCGUCACGGCAAAAGGUCAUGUUUGUCUUCUGUUGUUUGUAAGUUAUUGGAGGUGCUGUUGGUCAAACCUGUGCUGUUGAACUCCACGUUGUAAGCACCUGUUCUGUGUGACACAAACUCUGCUGUCUUGGGCUGUAACUCACUGUGGCCCCUCCCCACAGGAGGCCAGCGGAUGUUGGGUGGGCUGCUAUAAGCGAGAUUUAAUCAGGCUAGUAAGCGCCAACCUGUCACUAUAUUGACUUUUGCAAUUGGUGGUCCGACCCUAGGUUAUUCUUCCAUUGACUCAAACAUUAAGAACCCUGUCUACAUAAAGGAUAGUUGUCUACUGUGACCAUCUCUUGAUUGGGCGUUAUAGACAGGUUUUGUUGUUUUGGGAGAUACUAACAGUUGAUCAGUGGAUUCCUUGUUACAAAUUCGCAAAGACUCACAGAUCAUUGGUUGAGUUUUCUAACAAGCUAACGAACGAAAUUUU